AUGGACCCCAACGACGGCAUGGAGGCGCAGUCUGGCUACGAGCAGCGCGGCGUCGCGGCUUACAUGCGCCAGCUCGACGACAACGCCAAAAAGACACGCGGCCAACCGCUCUUGGACAAAGGCGACCGACAGUUUCUCAACCAAGUCAUUCACGGCGAGUCGGACAAGUUCAACCCGGACGAGGAUGUGCGACUGAGGUCAAUGGCGACGCACUACGGUGUCGCGUCCGACUACGUCAAUCGCAGCAUCUGA